UAAUCGAUUUUAUAAUAUAUUUAUUCAGAGCUUAGAAUUUAAGUUCAUUUUCACAAAUAUAUGUGUAAAAAAUAUGCACGAACAAAUGAGGCGUAAACACCUUAAGUGAGGAUCGAUAAAUAUGGAUACUAAUAUGCUAUAAGAAAAAAAAAGGGUGUUCCAUGUCAAAUCCACAUUUAUAUACAGGGCAAUCGCCUAACUCUUUUACCAACAAUGAAGGUGUACAUAAUGAUUCCGUUCUGCAUGUUUACUUACCGAACAAAACUUCUCGAUCAAUUGUUUUUAACGAAAAUAACACCGUACGCAAUAUCAUCGAGGAAACAAUCCGCACUUCAUAUGCUGGCAAUAACGUGAACACAUUAUAUUAUGCACUUCGGUUAAAUAAUUUGAUAACAAAUGAAAAAAUAUGGCUUACUCGAACAAAAUGUAUGACGGAUGUGCUUGCUUAUAUUUGGAAUGCGAAUUGCACGAACGUUCAAUGUCCCAACUAUGCACAAUUAGGUAAUCAACAGCAAAAGGUUGGUAAAUAUAUUUCAAAUAGCGUGUGGCGGGUUGAGUUGCGUGUAAGGUAUAUUCCAAGUAAUAUAAAUACUCUAUAUAAAGAAGACAUCAUAACUUGCUACAACUUAUUUGAUCAGAUACAUCAGGAUUAUAUUGAAUCAAAUAUAUCUGCUGAUAUUGAAGUGGCUACACAAAUUGGUUGUUUUUGCAUUCGUUAUUAUUUAAAAACUAAUGUAACGAAGUCUAUGGAUAGGAAGCAACAUGUUGACUUUGUCGAAAAAGAAGUUGGUCUAAAUCUAUUUUUUCCGAAAGCUGUGAUACAUUCAAUAAAGCCAAAGAAUCUUAAAAAAAUGAUACAGUCCACAUACAAGAAGUUGUAUAAUUAUAGUGAACAGGAGUAUAUUACAAAAUUCUUUGAACUUGUUAGUACAUUAUACAAUUAUAAUUAUGAAAAAUUUGCCGUGACAUUAAGCUCAGCUUGGAAUAUAUCGGGAAUAUUUUACGUUGGCUACGAUAUUGGAAUCUCGUACCAAACUCAUCCUCAAGCAAGCAUAACAAUGGUUGCAUUUUUCACUGAUAUUAAAAUGAUAACAACAUAUACUCUACCCAAAGAAAAUCCAACAAAUGAUUCUUCCACUUCUAUUGAAGCCACUGAUAUAAGAUGUAAUUGUCGUGAGUUAAAAAUUCAAAUACGAAUCACAACAUUUAGUAAUGAUGAGGAUUUAAUUGUUACUUGUGAUGGUCUUACGACUGCUGACAGCAUUGCGGAUCUUAUUGAUGGUUACUGCCGUUUAAUUAGCAACAAUUUGGAAUAUAAAGUUUGGCAGCCAUACCAGUCAAAAAUAGGAAACCUAAAUGAAACCAAUUGCUUAGAGAAUUUAUCAACUGGUAUUGAUGAUAUCGAUAAUAGUAGUAAAAAUACUAUAAAUUCAAGCGGUUCAGAUAAAAAAUCGACUAAGAAGCCAGAAUUAUCCGAAGACUAUGCAGAAAUUGGUUUAGUUGAAGAAGAGGGAGAUUAUUCAACUCCUACUGUUCGAAAUUAUGAAUUGGAUCGGAAUCAAAUUACGUUGAAUGAUGUAAUUGGUGUUGGGCAAUUCGGCGAUGUUCAUAUUGGCACAUUCCAUAUAAAAAAUAGUGGCAAAAAGAUGCAAAACUUAAAAAAUAAAAAUGACAUCAUUGAUACCAAAUUAUCGACAGUAAUACAAGUAGCAGUAAAAACUUGUAAAACCACUGAAGAGUCUGAAAAUUCAGAUCAUUUCUUAGAGGAAGCAUAUAUUAUGCAGAAGUUUGAUCAUCCUCAUAUAAUUCGUCUUAUUGGUAUCUGCAGCUCCUCUCCGAUCUGGAUCGUUAUGGAGUUAGCGAAACUUGGUGAAUUGCGAUCUUAUCUUAAAACUAAUAGUGAAAGAAUGAAGAGAGAAACUUUAAUAUUAUAUUGCUAUCAACUGUCAACAGCUUUAAGCUAUUUGGAAUCUAAGAAGUUUGUUCAUAGAGAUAUUGCAGCCCGGAAUGUUUUAGUCAGUUCACCAACAUGUAUUAAGCUUGCUGACUUUGGUCUUUCACGUUGGGUAUCUGAUCAAUCAUACUAUCACUCGAGUAUGUGUAAACUUCCAAUUAAAUGGAUGGCACCAGAAUCAAUUAAUUUUCGUAGGUUUACAACAGCAAGUGAUGUUUGGAUGUUUGGAGUUUGUUGUUGGGAAAUAUUGAUGCUAGGCGUUAAACCAUUUCAUGGUAUUAAGAACAAUGACGUUAUUACUAAAUUAGAAAAUGGGGAACGUUUACCACUGCCGAAUAAUUGUCCUCCUCGUUUAUAUUCGCUUAUGUCCCAAUGCUGGAUGUUUGAACCAACUAAAAGACCAAAUUUUAAAAGAAUCAAGGAAACUCUUUUUGAAAUCUUAUCAGAAGAGCGUCGAAAUGAUUCAGAAGUGAUGCGCAGGGAGAACCGAAGAGUAGCUGCAAUAUCUUGGGGUGGUUGUGAUUUAGAGAUACCACCAUUAAAACCAAGUAGAAAUCAACAUGAAGGAGAAAUGACCGCAAUCGGACCUAAUUCUAUCGAAAAUCAAUUAAGUCCUCAAACCUAUAUAAUAGCACAAAAUCCUGAGAUCUUGGCUAGAUUAAUGAUGGAUAACGAAAACCGUAGCAUUAAUCCCGCAGCAUAUACUACUCCAGCAUCGAGAGCAUCCGAAAAUAUAUCUUUUUAUAAUCAACAUGCAUAUAAAAAGAGAAUUGAGGAUUCUAAAUGGACCGGAUCAAUCAAAGGCGCAGAAAAUAUGGAGAAACGUUUCAGUUUGAAUAUUUUAAAUUCUUCUGAUAAUGAUUCUUUAGCGUCUGGUCCGUCAAGUCUACCCGAUUGUAUUCAAUUUAAAAAGAAAAAAGACGGUAAUAAUCAAAUGUCAAAUAGUGAUACAAGUGAUAAAGCUGGACGGCAUAUAGACCGAAACAAUGAUGAAGUUUAUGUCGCAACUACGAGCGUAGUGAAAGCAAUUAUGAUGUUAUCGCAAGGUGUAGAAAAAUCCAAUGCUCAAAGCUAUUUAGACUUAGUGAAAACUGUGGGUUUCGAAUUGAGAAAUCUACUUAAAUCUGUUGACAAAUUAUCAUAUGUGUUCCCCGCUGAAGCACACAGAGAAGUGGAAAUGGCACAUAAAGUACUUUCAAAAGACAUGCAUGAACUAGUUGCUGCAAUGCGGCUUGCUCAACAAUAUAGUGACACAACUUUAGAUAAUGAAUACAGAAAAAGUAUGUUGUCAGCAGCACAUAUUUUAGCAAUGAACGCCAAAAAUUUACUCGAUGUUGUUGAUUCAAUUCGUCAAAGGUACACAAAAUUAUUUCCUCCACAACAAUCGCAACAAAAUUUGUUUGUGUUACACAAUCCCAAUCAAAGUAAUUUACAUUCUUCGAAAAUCGAUAUACAGGAACCACCUACUGUUAUCUCAUCAACAGGUAAAAAUGAAGACGGAUAUGAAGUUAUGUCAACCGAAACAUACCAAAAUACUUCAAAAGCUUCUGACCCCUGCAUUUCUCAAAUACUUGAUGAAAAUAGUUGCACGAGCAGGGAUGGGGUAAUAUCAAAAUCGAUGGAAUUGAUUCAAUCAAAUUCAAGUUCCAUUAGCAAUGCCGACUCUUUGGGAAGUAUAAUUACCGAUAAACCACUCAAAAUAAUUGAAGACUCAAAUAAUUCUGUUAAUAAUCAUGUGUACUCUAAUACCACUUCUCUGCAUGGACAUGUGUAAAACAUAUUCGUCAAUAUUAAUGUUUUGUACUUCAUAAUACUAAUAUUAUUAUAACUUAACUAUUU